CUAUGCUUUAUUCUAUGAAAAAAAGGUUAAGUAGUUUACCUAGCAAUUCCAAAUGGAAUCAGUUUCUACUCUAAUGAAUACGUAGUUUUUACAUGUUAAUAGGAACAUCAAAUUUGUUCUAUUUUAUACAACAACUACAGUAAUCAUUGUCCAAUGUCUUUAGUUCCAGAUUAUGAAGAUUCUUCUAAUUCCAGCGACGGAAGUUCAGCAUCUGAAGUAGAUAAAAGUGCAACAGAAGAACAAUUAGAAGUAAAAGCUAAUGCAUAUCUGAAAUUACCUACUCCCGACUUCCAAGUUAAAAGCAUACCGGACGAAAAUGGUUCACAAACUAAUUCAGUCUUCAAAAAUCCAUUCCUUGAAGCAGAGAACGAGAAAGAAGCUGUCCUCCAAAAACAUGUUAGAAUGGUAGAUUUGAAUAAUGCUCUUGCGAUCAAUGGAAAGAAAAUAUGCUGGAAUUAUAGAAAAGGAAGAUGUAGAUUUGGUCAUAACUGCAGAUUUGCUCAUGAUUCUGAUAUUCAGAAAACACAGGAACAAAUGGAAGCAGAAAAAAUGUUAUUGCAGACUAAAGGAGUAGUUGUUCAAAGAGAACAAACUUCUAAUGUGCAAUGUUUUCCAGAAGAAGAUGAUAAGGAUUUGAAUACUUCUAAAAGAAAAAGGCCUGGUUUGACACAGGGUCUAACUCCAGGAAAGAAAGUCAUGAAGAAUUAUUUCAAUCACAAAAACUAAUAUAGUAGUUCCAAUUAAUUUAUAAGUUUAUAGGAUUUUUAUGAAGAAUUUUGAAAAUUAUGUAUAAUGGUUUAUGAAGUUGAAUCAACAUAAUCUGCUUAUAUCUAAAAAAAGCUUCAUAUUCUAGAGCAAUAAUAAGGUCCCUAUCUUAAUAUGAAUAAAAUAUAUAUUUUUUAA